CGAUAUGGUGGAGGAGUUUGUCUGCUAGAAAGAUCAUGGGUUCACCGAAGAUUACUCCCGGAGAAGUGUAUUAUCAGGAUAUUUGAUAAUAUUUCUGGAACAUUUAAACCUGAAAGACUACCCCGGUUCCUGUUGAUCCUUUAUUUUUCUGAAACCUUGAAAAUGGCAGCCGUUUUAGGACAGUUUAUGGAAUUUCACCCAGUUCAUGGUACAAACGUGAGACUGGACCCCUCAAGAACUCAGGCCACCCGCGUAGAAAGUUUUGCAAAUGGCGUCUGCUUCAGUAAAGACCCCUUAAGCCCUGGAGAGAUUUUCCUUGUGGAGAUUGAAGAGAAAGAACUGGGCUGGUGUGGUCAUCUACGGAUCGGACUAACCGCACAUGACCCCCGAACACUGGAAACUGUACCAGAAUACUCUCUGCCUGAUCUUGUGGAAAUGGGAGACAGCUGGGUAUUUGCUAUAACAAGAAACCAUAAUAAAGUCGUUGAGGAUGAAGGAGAGGUAGGAGAACAACCAAAUGUGAGUGGUGAGAUAGAAAACAAGCCUAAAACAUUUUUUACCAACACUCACCUGUAUGUAGAAAAUGUGUGCAUACCCCUGGACAAGCUGGUGGGACGCAGUCGACCUGGCAGGUACAGUCACAUCCUGGAUGACCUGUACAAAAGCAACGCAUUACCUCCUACUGCACGCCGCAGUCGCAUUGGGGUUGUCUAUGUGCCUAAAGGACAAGGCUAUGCCGACAUGCACAUCAUCAUCAACGGUGAAGACAUGGGAGCCUCUGCUAAGAGAAUCCCAACAAAUAAGCCUUUAUAUGCCAUCGUGGAUGUAUUUGCAGCGACAAAAUGUGUCCGGAUUGUGCAGGUGGAAUAUGGCUUUGCUUCAUUGCAGACGCUCUGCCGAAAGACCAUUCAGAAACACAUCAUUCACAGAAUGGCUUUAGACUGGCUGGAACUUCCAGAGUUGCUUAAACACUACUGCAAAUAUGAGUGAACAAAACCUGUCAAAUAUCUUACUAGGUGCCAGCAAAGACAGUGGAUUUUUUAACUUAACACCACAAAGAAAAAAAAAAAGAAAAUCUCUAUCCAAAAAACACUCUUCAUUAGAUCUAUUUACAACGUAGCAAAUGUUUUUAUAACGAUGAAAUCUCUAUAAUGCACUGCUUAAUAAUAGUGUGCAUUAGUACAUUCAGAUACCGUGAUCCUUCAGUAAGCCACAGUGUGUUACAGUAAAUAUCAACAUGCCUGAGACAUUUUUUUUACCGUGGGGUUCAAAAGUCUGCAAGGCAAAAUGUCAUUUAAACCUGGAAGUGAACCAACAAUUAAAAAAAUGUAAAACAAAGUAACAUUAGGAUGUAAAGUCUGCAGCUCUAGGUCCCUAAUCAAUGUGACAUUGAUAGUGUUAACACACAUGAUGCCUUUUGAAACAUUCAAAGCACUCUGAAAUAACCUUGAUCAUCAGAUUUGGUGUAAACCCGUGAAUUCCAUUUAAGCUAUCAAACAUGCAUGUUGUCAUUAAAGCAAAUGGGAACAUGCUUAGUGUUGUGAACUCUUUUACCCAAAAUGUUAUGAUGAUGAUAAUAUAAUGAUUUGCUUCAAUGUAGAAAUUUACAAUUUGCAAUCCAUUGCAUUUUGUUUAUUCAUUUAGUUUAGUAUUAACAUUCAGAAUUUACAGCAUUUAUUAUUUUAUCCUUCAUGUAACUAACUUUAUUGAUUAAAGUAUUUAUUUAAUAACUGAAAUGUUUCAAUUUCAUUUACAAAUGUAUCUGCAUGGAUUAAA